UCUGCUUAGUGCUAUAUCCUAGAAUCUGCCUGUUUUGCUCCCACGCCAAUGCUAGUCCAUGCCUUCGCGGUGAAGAAGUCCCUCCAGCUUGGUCUGCUCGCUGGAAAGAGACCGCCCAAACUCUCAACAUGCUCCCACCAUCGUCCCUUCCACGCGACUUGGGCCAGGGCGACCUCUGAGUCUACAGACCAACAUCCCUCGUCUACAAGUGCCGAGCCUGCAUCCGAGCCUACAGGGACUCCUUUUCUCAGCUUCGCCUACAAGCUCAGAGGACAGCUCCCACCAUCCACAAGGAGCCCUGGACCACGAACCGAGGCACAGAAGGAAGAACGGCGCAGGGAGCGCGAGGCGAAUGCGAAGGCGCGUGGGCUCCUGCCGCUCCCUCCCUUGCCCGACGCGCCGAACUAUCCGUGUCCAUAUCUGACGAAGGAGGAGAUCGUGCAGUAUCUCAGCCCUUUGUACCAGCAGGGGUGGUUCAUUGGAAGCUCGGAGUUCACGGCAGACAAGCGCUUGCCGCGGGGUGACGAUGUCGCCCGGAGCUCCGGCGUUGGAUUUGCGGAGAGCGUAGGCAGUGUGCAGACCGCAGAGGAUCACCAUUGCACCAUGUUGGUCGACGACGAAUCCAUCCACAUCAGGACGCACACGCACUCGGCGCGCCCCUUGCCCACGACGCGGGACGCAAAACCGUCAAAAAGCCCGGGCAUCACCCUCCGCGACGUGCGGCUCGCGAUCCUCAUAGAGCAGAAGUUCCAGGACCACCUCAGGCGCGACGCAGCGCCAUGGCGUUCCCAGUUCAUGAACGCCCGUGACAGCGUCCGCCCGCUGAUGCCGCAAGGCAUCGAGCGGCUGCGGCGACUGGCCGAGUUCAGGGGGACUUUGGCAUGUCCGGUGUGCAAAGGCCCGCAUAAAGGGGUGCAGUGUCCGAAGAAGGAUGUCGUUCAGCCGGCGACCCCGUGUUCGCGGUGUGGGAAGAUGCACUGGAGGUUCAUGUGUGACGCUGUCGCACCUACGGUAAAGCAGUGAGAGUCGUCUAGCAUCUGGAAACCACCGUUGUGGCUCUCCUUGGGGAUGUCUUGCAAUGCUAGCCACGCAACCGAUUUCGUUUGACAGGGGCCCCAGUGUUGACACUACCUGUAAUUUCUGAUGUCCAAUGACAAGUUCUAUGCGCAUCUGCGAGUGCCUUG